AUGGUGUUGCCCCACGAACCCGAAUUCCAGCAAGCUUACAACGAGUUGUUGUCUGCCCUUGAAGACUCCACGCUUUUCACCGAGCACCCCGAGUACAAGAAGGUGAUCCCCGUUGUCUCUGUGCCGGAGAGAAUCAUCCAGUUCAGAGUCGCGUGGGAAAACGACAACCACGAGGUCGAGGUCAACAACGGGUUCCGUGUGCAGUUCAACUCUGCCUUGGGCCCAUACAAGGGCGGUCUCAGAUUCCACCCCAGCGUCAACUUGUCCAUCUUGAAGUUCUUGGGAUACGAGCAGAUCUUCAAGAACGCGUUGACCGGCUUGAUGAUGGGCGGCGGCAAGGGAGGCUCGGACUUCAACCCCAAGAACAGAUCCGACAACGAGAUCAGGAGAUUCUGCGUGGCCUUCAUGAGACAGUUGGCCAGAUACAUUGGUGCCGACACCGACGUGCCUGCGGGCGACAUUGGUGUGGGUGGCCGUGAGGUGGGCUUCCUUUUCGGCGCCUACAAGUCCAUGCAGAACAACUUCUCCGGUGUUUUGACCGGCAAGGGCUUGUCCUGGGGAGGCUCUUUGAUCAGGCCCGAGGCCACCGGCUACGGCACGGUGUACUACGUGGAGAAGAUGAUUGAGAAGGCCACCGGCGGCAAGGAGUCCUUCAAGGGCAAGCGCGUGGCCAUCUCCGGGUCCGGAAACGUGGCCCAGUACGCUGCCUUGAAGGUCAUUGAGUUGGGCGGAACCGUCGUGUCGUUGUCCGACUCCAAGGGCUCCAUCAUCGUGCAGGAGGGCAUCACGCCCGAGCAGGUCCAGGAGAUCAUCGUGGCCAAGGUCAAGUUCCAGUCGUUGGAGCAGAUCAUCUCGGCCUCCGCCUUCUCUGGCAAGAAGGUCGAGUACAUUGCCGGUGCGCGUCCAUGGGUCCACGUGGGCCAGGUCGACAUUGCCUUGCCAUGUGCCACGCAAAACGAGGUUUCUGGCGACGAGGCCAAGGUCUUGGUGGAGGCCAACUGUCUCUACAUUGCCGAGGGCUCCAACAUGGGUUCCACCAAAGAGGCCAUUGACGUGUUCGAGGCCAACAGAGCCAAGGGCGUUUGGUACGCUCCCGGCAAGGCGGCCAACUGUGGUGGUGUUGCCGUGUCUGGUUUGGAGAUGGCCCAGAACUCCCAGAGAGUCAAGUGGACCGAGGAGGAGGUUGACAACAAGUUGAAGGACAUCAUGUACACCUGUUUCGAGAACUGUUACGACACCGCCAUCAAGUACUCCGUGGACAAGGACGCCGGCUUGCCUUCGUUGUUGAAGGGUGCCAACAUCGCUGGUUUCAUCAAGGUUGCCGACGCCAUGUUCAACCAGGGUGAUGUCUUCUGA